AUGGCACAAUUCAACCAAACACUCUGGAAGGAGAAUCAGACCCUUCGAGAAGAGAAUCAAACCCUUCAGCAAGAAAACAGAGCUUUUCAUUUGGAGAACAAAGUCUGUUAUCAGCAGAAUCAAAUUAUACAAAGACAGAAUAAAGCCCUCUGGGAACAGAAUAAAAUUCUUCAGAAGAAGCACGUAGAUUCUUCAGAAGAAACAAAGCACCUUGAGAAACAGCAAAAGGCCCUCCUACAGCAAAAUACAGCCCUCAGAGAAGAGAUUAAGGCUCUCAAAGGACAAGAAAUAGCAUUUGCAAUGCAGGAAAAAGCUCUUCAGAAAGAGAUUUUAGCUUUAUGGGAGGAAAACAAGGCCUUCAAUAAGCAUAUUAAGGCUCUUCAAAAGGACAACAAAGCUACUCAGGAAGAGGAGAAGGCUCUCUGUGAGGAAAAAAAUGCCCUAAGUGAUCAGAAAUUUGCUCUCCAAGAGGAGAACAGGGCACUUCAAGAUGAGAUGAAGGCCCUACAGAGUCAGAGAAAAGCUCUCAAAGAGGAGCACAAAGUCCUCCACGAAUGGAAUAAGAUCCUUCAAGGGGAGGAAUAA